GAGGCGAUCAAAACCCGGACGGCGUUAUCACAUUCGAAAUUAGGGCGCACGAACUGGUGGACGGCGUCAGAGGCAACGAUCCCCUAACGGUAACCGCCGCCCUUGCCGUCGUUAAGAUUCUGGACGUCAACGACGAACCGCCCCAGUUCAAUAGGCGGGAAUAUUUCGUGGAAAUACCGGAAAAUAUUCCCGAAGGAUCGGCGCUGCCCGAAUUGAAUAUGUCCGUGACUGAUCCGGAUGAGGGAAACAAUUCUGCCUUUUCAUUGGAACUCAACGACAUCUCUGGUGCAUUUAUAAUCGAACCCAAACAAGCUGUUGGAUCGGCCAAUGUUACGAUACGUGUAGCUAAUAGUUCACUGGAUUACGAAGAUCCCAAUAGAAGAAAAUUUAUUAUUUUGGCCGUUGCUAGAGAGAUGUAUACUGAACAGAAGCUGUCCUCAACGGCUACAAUAACAGUUUCAG